AUGUCCAGAAUUAUCACCAAGAAGGAAUUGGAAGAACACGACGAAAAUCACAAGGAUCAAUGGAUUGCUGUUGAUGGAAAGGUUUACACAAUCACUGAAUAUAAACAUGAACAUCCAGGUGGUGAAGAUAUUUUGCUCGAACACGCUGGUGCUGAUGCCAGUGAAGCUUUUGAAAAUGUCGGACACAGCAAGGAUGCCAGAAAUAAGUUAAAGUCAUUGCUUGUUGGUGAAUUGGAAGGAUACAAAUCAUCAGGAGCCAAGGAUGAAGUUUCAUCAUCAACAACAACUUCUGCAUCAUCAGGAUCAUCAGUUAUGCCAAUUAUUGUUGGUCUUGUUGCUGUUGUUAUUGCAGCUGGCGUUUACUUUACUAAAAUUGCACAAUAAAUUAAUAAACAAUUAAAUA